ACAGAAUGAAGCCGGCACUUUUUAACGUCUUGUGUGAAAUCAAAGAGAAAACAGUGUUGAGUAUUCGAGGGGCUCAAGAGGAAGAACCAACAGACCCUCAGCUGAUGCGCCUGGACAACAUGCUCUUAGCAGAAGGGGUAGCGGGACCUGAGAAAGGAGGGGGUUCGGCGGCGGCGGCAGCGGCGGCGGCAGCAUCUGGGGGUGCCGGCUCAGACAAUUCUGUCGAGCAUUCCGACUACAGAGCGAAACUUUCUCAGAUUCGACAGAUUUACCACACUGAGUUGGAGAAAUACGAACAGGCAUGCAACGAGUUCACCACCCACGUCAUGAAUCUACUGCGGGAGCAAAGUAGGACCCGGCCCAUUUCACCCAAGGAGAUCGAGCGGAUGGUCAGCAUCAUCCACCGCAAGUUCAGCUCUAUCCAGAUGCAGCUCAAGCAGAGCACGUGUGAAGCAGUCAUGAUCCUGCGCUCCCGAUUUCUCGAUGCGCGACGGAAGAGACGAAACUUCAACAAGCAAGCUACAGAAAUCCUCAAUGAGUAUUUCUAUUCCCACCUCAGCAACCCUUACCCCAGUGAGGAAGCCAAAGAGGAACUAGCCAAGAAAUGUGGCAUCACGGUCUCACAGGUAUCAAACUGGUUUGGAAAUAAGCGAAUCCGGUACAAGAAGAACAUAGGUUCUUCCAGUUCUUUUAAUAUGUCAAACUCUGGAGAUUUGUUCAUGAGCGUGCAGUCCCUCAAUGGGGAUUCUUACCAAGGGGCCCAGGUUGGAGCCAACGUGCAGUCACAGGUGGAUACCCUUCGCCAUGUUAUCAGCCAGACAGGAGGAUACAGUGAUGGGCUCGCAGCGAGUCAGAUGUAUAGUCCGCAGGGCAUCAGUGCUAAUGGAGGUUGGCAAGAUGCUACGACUCCCUCGUCAGUGACUUCCCCCACAGAAGGCCCUGGCAGCGUCCACUCUGAUACCUCCAACUGAUCUCCCAGCAAUGCAGCAUUUCUUUCCCCCCCCCCCCCCAUCCUGCUUCCAGGCAGAGGUGGGAGCCGAGAGGGGAGGGGUUUUCUCUCCUGCUGUUGAAGCCAUCGGGCUGGAUCCAGAACCGGUUGGCGAACACAAGAGUCUCCUUCUCUUCUCUCUGUUGGGAUGCUUUUUUUUCCAGCCAAUCCGGACUCUUCUUUAUACUCUCUUCCCUUUCUUUUCUGGGUAGAAGCCACCUUCCACCACCACCUUCCACCACCACCACCAUCAAAACGAAACAAACUAACAAAACACUUCCCAAAGUAUUGGUUCGCUUCCAUGAAUUCUGUGUUUCUUUUGAGGAUCCAGUCUUCACGUCGCUUCAAUCUCUGCUGGGCCCUCUCGCCGCCUCCUCUUCCUCUGGUGUUCUCACUACCUCUUUGCAAGAGCCACUUCAGCCCUCCCCCUGGCCGAGGAGCACCACUCCCCCGCCUCUUCCACGCAAGGACAGGUCUCUGUUCCACUGAAAUCUCGAACCCUUGUGAGUUGCCUCCAGGAAGUUCUCUGUUACAGGCUGGAUAAAUGCAAUCCUGGUUCUGCAAGGUGUGUCCGCAGCAUGCCCAGCCGUUUGCCUCUGUUGCCAAGAGGACCAGGAGGAUACUAGCAGAUCUACUCCUUGCCAUCUUUCUCUGCCUUGCAUCAAGCCCCUCCCCCCCCAGUCAUGUCUUCCGCCACUUCUCGCGGCUGCUGCUGUUCCACAGUCCCCCCCCAUAUCAUAAUUAGGCCUGUGAAUACUUUUUGCACCAAGGAAGUGCCCAUUUGGUGCUUAGAAUAAAAUAAUGUGAAUGCAGUGCAUUUGGAUAGUAUGCUUCCUUUGCAUAAUUAUUUAUUGUUCUGAUAUCUGUGUCUUUAAAAGAGUUUGGGGAAAUGUUUGGAAUCAUUUGAAAAUAGUUUUUGAGGUUGGAUCAUAAAAAGGAUAGAAAAGCUGGCAAGAUUGGGGGGAAAGGUAAACUUCAGAAGAGGCUGAGAGACGGCGAGCGUGCAAAGCACUAUGUCAUGGUCAGAUUUUCAAACAUCCUCUAGGCAUGGC